GACGUUGCUCAGCGCUAGCUACAUGAUGAGGGUUCUCAGUGGAACAAUCAGCGAAUGGCGCAAGACCUGCAAUUGGAUACACGUGUGAUUCUGAAUCAGGGAAAUGAUAACUUGUCCUACAAGCCUGGGUCUGCGUGCAUCAGGAGAAACAGCACCGCCCUCCGUCAGAUGUGCAGAGAGACAGGACAUCUCCUCAUGGAAGCCGAUCGUCAAAGAUGGCCGACGCAGCAGGCGACAAGAAUGAAUGAUGUUCUCGAGGAUCCAGCGUGCUAUCACCACCCGCCCUUGUGACAGAGAGGUGA